GUCGCUGUUCGUGGAGCCACGUGCAGGAUUGGUGGCCGUCGCCCACUGUCGCUGUUGACAGCUGCCGUGCUCGUUAUCGAAGACACUGGCGACACCUUUUGCGAGAACAACUGGGACUGCCGAAGGUUCAUGAGUAACUGCACCAAUGGUCGCUGCGAGUGUGGGGCCGGCAACAGGUUCCAGAGCCGCGAGCUGUACUGCACCAAGCGCUGCAUCGAGGACUCCACCUGCACCAGUGGCUCCAUAUGCGAGGACACGAGAUGCGUCUGCCCCGCGGGCUCGUUGGGCGUAGGAACCGCAAGCGCUGCCGUCUGCGAGCGCCACGUAUGCACUACCGACGCGGACUGCGGCUUUUGGCUCCACGCGCAAUGCGCGCGCAUUCGACCUGGUUCAACGCUCCGGGGCUGUCGCUGCGCCAAGGACACGGCCUUGCUUUUGGGGUCCUGCAAUCCAAUCGGCAACCUGGGACCGUGUCCGUACGGUCGCUGCGCCACCGAGUACUCCGAGUGCGACCUGUCCACCUCGCUGUGCCGGUGUCAGAAGGGAUACGAGCUGCGAAUCUACGGCAACACCUGGAUCUGCGAGAAACAAGACACCGCGACAGUGGACCGCGCCUGCAUGGAGAGCACCCAGUGCUACCCCGGAGAGGUAUGCGAUGACGGCUUCUGCAAAUGUCCGAAGGGCAAGGAGCUCAGCAGAGAACUUGUGUGCGUAGAGAUCAAGCUGCCGAAGACAUCCACCAACCUGCGUCUGUUCCUCUGGUUGUCGGCCGCCAUGCUGGCACUGAUAGUGGUAUUCAUCACGUUCGGCGGCUGCCUCUACCUGCUGGCGCAGCGGGCAGAGAACGAGCAGAUGGAGAUCGCCAAGAUGUUCGACCAGGCGGAAGAAGACCCGUCCUUCUAGCCAGUCCAUUCCUUAUAACGGGACUCCGUGGAAGUGCUAUUUGUGAAAGCUGGCAGCUGCUUAUAAUUCGUUUUUAUUCCAUAGUGAUUCGCGCUUUUUGAUUAGUAAAUUACCGUCGAGCAAAUUGACUACUAUGAAGAACAUUCAUUGUAAUCUUAGUAUCAGACAAAUAUUACGUAUAUUACGUGCCCAUGCAGUCAUUUAUUAUUUAUAUUCAUUUGAGUCUGCUGUGAAGUGCCGUCUGCAGUACAUAGGACGUGAAGUGGACAAACCAGAUAAUUAAAUAUUCGAGGAGUUUAAUGGAGUGAGACAUUGUCAUGACACGAGGGGACAUUGUUCAGUGUAUUCCAGAUUUGUUGUCAACGCAUUAAAGGUUAUAGAGCCGUUUCA